CUAUUUUUUACUAAUUAAAAAGGAUGUUAGAGCGCCCAACCCAACCAUACAUGUCUUUAGCUUUACUCCUACUCAAAACACUCGUAAAAUUAAAAAAAAAAAAAAAAAAGAAAGAAAUAAAAAAGUUGUUAUCAUUCUAUUGCCCCAGCUAGCUCAUACUUUUUUAUCCCACACCGUUGAGUUUAAUUUCUCUCAGCUUUCCCCUCUCCCUCCAACCAUGAGCUUUGCAGCAUCUCCUUCAACCAUCAUGAUGAAAUCUUACAGAGGAAAGUUACAUCUUUCUAUUAUCACAGUUAUAGUCUGCAGUUUUGCAUUCCUUGCUCUCUUAUAUACGGAACGACUAAGUUUUCUUUCUUCAAAUUCUAUUCUCAAAUCCCAAUCCUGUGCAAAAAGAGGUGCUGUUACAAAAGCUAAGGAUAAAGCUGCAGAAGAGAACCUAGAAAACCACGAAAUCGAUGACAGGUUCGAGUUUGACGCUGAAGAAUGUAAUAUCGCUCACGGGAUGUGGGUGUUCAACCGUUCUAUUAAGCCUUUGUACACAGAUAGAAGUUGUCCAUACCUCGACAGGCAAUUUUCUUGUGUGAAAAAUGGUCGGCUUGAUUUCGACUACCUUCACUGGGAAUGGCAGCCCGAGGACUGCAGCUUGCCUAGAUUCAAUCCAGAACUUGCACUAAAAAAGCUUCGGGGAAAGAGGCUACUCUUUGUAGGGGAUUCCCUUCAAAGAAAUCAAUGGGAAUCUUUCAUUUGUAUGAUUGAAUGGACUAUAGCUCCAGAAAAGAAAUCUAUGAAACAAGGAAAAGUUCGUUCUGUCUUCAAAGCCAAGGAAUAUAAUGCAACUAUUGAAUUUUACUGGGCUCCAUUUCUUGUUGAAUCCAACACGGAUAUCGAUGUUUUAGAUCCAAAGAAGAGAAUACUAAAAGUGGAUUCAGUUGCCAAGCACUCCAAACACUGGGAAGGAGCUGAUAUCCUUGCGUUUAAUACUUAUGUUUGGUGGAUGAGUGGGCUUAGGCUCAAGACGUUAUGGGGUUCCUUCGCAAAUGGUGAAGAUGGUUUUGCAGAGCUGGAUGCACCGGUUGCCUACAAAAUUGGUUUGAAGACAUGGGCUAACUGGAUUGAUUCAACUAUAAAUCCCAACAAGACUCGUAUCUUCUUCACAACUCUGUCCCCUGUACAUACAAGAAGCGAAGAUUGGGGCAGGGAAGAUGGACUGAAAUGCUUCAAUGAAACGAAGCCAGUGAUGAAGAAGAAGUUCUGGGGAAAUGGUUCUGACAAGAAGAUGAUGAGUGUGGUGGAUGGUGUGUUGAAGAAAAUGAAAGUUCCUGUUACAGUUCUGAAUAUAACACAGCUCUCACAGUACAGAAUUGAUGCACAUUCAUCAAUUUAUACAGAGACUGGAGGAAGGUUAUUAAAUGAUGAGGAAAAAGCAGACCCACGACGCCAUGCAGAUUGCAUCCAUUGGUGCCUGCCUGGAGUUCCAGAUACUUGGAAUCAAAUAUUUUUAGCACAUUUGUAGAUUUUUCCUUUUUCACCCAAAAAAAAAAAAAACAGAAAAUCCAUAUGUUUAAUAUGUGUUCAAAGUUUUUCAUUUGUAUCUGCAAGUAGUAUUUUUUAGCAAAUUAAGCAAUUUCUUCUUCUUUUUUUUUUUUUUGGACAAAACCUGUGACAAGGAAAGAACUUUUAAUUAAGCUCCAAUCGAUCAUCAAUUAAAUGUAUCUUCUGGGCUGA